AUGCCGUGCCCCAAUGGCGAUCCAAUGGGUGCAUUCGAUUGGUUAAUGCCAGCCCUGGAGAAAGACUUAAAGGAAUCCAAAAUGUGGCCAAUCCGACUCUUUCAGCACAAGCACCAAGAUACCUUGCGAAAGCUUCUUGAGCAACAUUCCCAAGCGAUUGAAGAGAAAUACUUCCAGCUUCAGCAGUUCAAGGAUCUGAAGCAGCGGAUCGAUGAGGACCAGCUGAGACUGGUGGUGAUGGAAGCAGCUGAUAUCAGGGAUUCCUACUUGGGGGAUGCGACGGCUGCUGCUGGCCUUUGCAAGCAGUCAGGUGGUAAGAAGAGGAAAUCUGACACAAGCGGCACUACCCAUUGCUCGAAGAGACCUCGGCUGAUUCCGUUUAUUGCCCCUCAUGUGUUGGCGCAAGAGACGGCACAUUCGGCCGUUGAUUGGUGCAAGUCACUCGGUGGAAAACUUCCGCACAAUGACUUGGUCGGGAAGAUUAGCCACACUGGAAAUGAUGGUCGCUACAAAUCCAACAUAGAGCGGGAUUGCCAAACUAUUAUCAAAACCUUUGGAAAGCGUUUUGGUGCUACCAUAUCCACUACUCCUAUCAGAAUGUGGAACCCAAAGAAGUCUUGCAUCGAAGUCAAAAACCUUCCUAUCAUUUUCCCGGAUGACUUUGCAUCAGCUUUGUGGAAACGGUCCCCACAAAUUUUCCGGAAGCUGCUUCUGGGAGACGGACACGUACGUGAAUAUUGGGAACACUGCCGAAACUAUUGCGAUUGGUUCAGGUCACACCCGUCCUACAAUUAUGCAAAUUGCUGGGACAACAUGGUUCCACUUUCAUUGUACGGCGAUGAUGUACAGGCAUUUAGAAACAGUGAAUGUGGGUCAAUGUCAAUUUUGGCAUGGUCUAGUGACCUAUCAUCAUCCAAUUCGUUCAAGUCCAGGUAUUUUCUGAUCACUGCUUUUUCUGAGUAUGAAGAAUGUGCUUACACCUUCGACGACUUGAUGGAUGCUAUAGCAAAACGUAUUACUAUGAUGGUCACUCCAAGUUUGGCACAGGAACGUUCGUACCCAUGGUUGCAAGACGGCUACAGUUUCAUGCUGUCCAGCUUGCAGGGGGAUCUGAAAUGGGUGAACCAAAACUAUGGGAAUCUAUUUGAUUACCGCAGCAAUGAUUUUUGCGGUUACUGCAACUGCAAGAAGCGUCAUCACUUGCUUGGGAUGACCCUGGGCGAUUUCACUGCUUCAGCACUGCAUAGGUCUACUACUCGAGAGUACCGACAUGAAUUUCUUGUCCAGCGCUCUGCGGUCUACAAAAUUCCAGGGGCACACCCGAAAAGGAUACUCCAUGACAUGGCCCAUGGACAAUACCUUGGCACUGGAAAAACACUAAAUGGUUCAGCAUUGGUUGUUCUAUGCGAAACUGGCCUAUGGGGAAACAUGAAUGGUCCAGGCAAGUACGAUGACAAACUUCAAGUUGCUCUUCAGGACGCUCACAUGGAUUUCCUUGCUUGGAAGACUUCCCGAAAGAUCAGUUGUAGCCAACCUCGCUUUACUGUUGCCAGAGUGAAUAGACGACAUCGGCAAAUGUGGCCAGUUUUGAAUAGCAAGGCCGUUGCUGGAAAAACUAUUUCAUUUUUUCUUACUGAACGUGCUGUUUCUUGGGCAAACAGGCCAGGGGCAACGAUGCUAGAAAAAACUCUGGCAACUUGUCUUUGGAACUAUGCCCGGAUGGUGGAAAUCAUGGACUCUGCUAAGAAUAUUUUUACCGAGGUGGAGUCAAAACAGUUUCAAGAACAUUGCCUGCUGCAUUUGCAGGCAUAUGGGAAUUUACAUGUACAGGGCCAAGCGGCCACAGGUAAACAAGCAGGAAGGAAUUGUUUCUUAUUGCUACCAAAACACCACUACCUUUAUCAUGCAGGGGUGGACGCAGGAAAAACGCGUUUGAACCCAAAGCAUUUUUUGCUGUUGAGCGCUGAAUCCUUUGUUGGAUUUGUUGGGCGCAUUGGGCGUCGCACGCAUCGCUCUACUUUGACAGCACGUACAAUUCAGAAAUAUUUGGCGCUCAUGCACUUGCACGUGCAGCGGUUGGAGAGAGGUGAGGGAAGUUGA